GCGGUGUGUGGUUUGGAAAGUAGCCUAUAACUCGCAUCUGUUUUGGCCGAGUAGCAUUGUUAUUGAACAGUGAGCGGUUUUAUACAAACGCAGCGCUAAACCAUGCUAAAACUUAAAGUUAUAUAGUCUGUUGAUUUUCAAAACAUAACAUUUUGUACUCGAAGAUGACAGAGCUGAGUUCGGCGCUUAUUAAAGAAGGCUGGUAUCUUACAACUGAGGGAAUAGAGGAGAGCAGAAGAUCCACAGAAAAAGAAAAUGUAGCACUUAACGACAUUAUUAAUGUAGCUUUAAAUACUGAUCUGAGGUCCAUUGGAAAGGGUUUCCUGCCUGCUGACAUCAACAGUGGCCGAGUAGAGGAGUUAAAGGGCUUGUGUGUGCUUCAGGUGCAGAAAAUUCGAAACGUCACUGCCCCCAAAGAACAUGAGGAGUCUCAGGCGGCACCCAGAAUGCUCCGCCUCCAGAUGACUGAUGGGCACACAGCAUGCACAGGCCUGGAACUGGAACAUCUGUCAAAAAUCAGUUUGAAUACUCCACCUGGAACCAAAGUGAAACUAGUAGGGACAGUACUGGUGAAAAACGGCUUUCUGCUACUGGACGAUUCCAAGAUAUCGGUCCUCGGAGGAGAGGUGGAUCACCUAAUCGAGAAAUGGGAGUUGCAAAGGAGUCUGGCCAAGCAUAGCAGGAAUAAUAUCGGUGCAGAGGGUGGUCCACCUCCGUUUGUAUCUUUCGGACAGAAAUGUGUGCGAAAGGAGGAGGUGGACAGUCAGACGCUGGACCAGAAGAAAACCUUACAGAGCAGCAGUGCAUCUAAAGCUCCAAACGAAAACGACGAAUUUGAGAAGCAGAGGAUUGCUGCUAUUGCUGAAGUAGCCAGAAGCAAAGAGACUCGAACAUUUGGGGGAGGAGGCAAUGCUGGGGGCAACCUUUCCAAUCCAGGAUCCACUUUCAGAAACCGAGACACUUACCAGAAAAGAAAAGAGGAGCGGGAGAAGACUGCGACAGAGAGCAAACCCGAGGGAGUGUAUCGCGAGCUGGUGGAUGAGCGGGCUUUAAGGGACAUCAUGGACAUGGGCUUUAGUAAGGAGGCAGCCAGGCAGGCGUUACUGGACAACAACAAUAAUGUAGAGACAGCACUUAACUCCCUGCUUGUAGGAGCCAACCAGCCCAAGACUGGCACCACAGAGCCGAGUCGUCCACCACCCAGAGGCAAGGGGAGAGGGCGAGGAAGGUCCAGGCAAGAUGAAGAUGCGGAUGGAGGAGGAAGACCCUCGGGUCCAAGCACACUUUUUGACUUCUUGGAGUCUAAAAUGGGAGUGUUAUCUAUUGAUGAGCCAAAGAAACAGCCACCACAGAAAGCGCUGGAGCAUCCGGUCAGGACGAGCUUCCAAAACCAAGAUCACGUCAACCAAGACACUUGGCAGCCCAAGCAGCCUGGUCGAAAUUUGGGACGGGGGCAGAGGAACGACAGACCUCCCCGUUUUCAGAGGGACAAUGAUUUCCCCAAACCAGGCACCAGUGAACCCCCUCUUCAAAUAACCAUACAGGCACAGCCGCAGAGGUGGAACGAUGGUGACAAAAGAGGAAGAGGGGGUGGCAUCGGUGAUGAUCAGUGGAAGGACGAGAGGCGAGAUGUAAAGGCCGGACAGUUGAACUCUACCUCUUCAGGGAACCCGAGGUCAAAGGGGACACAGGGUCAAUCCGGGAACCACCAGGGCUCAAAACGAGACUGGGGUUUAAGAGAGCAUGAGCCUGCAGGACUGUCUGAUCCUCCUCCAUACUGGAAAAAACAGGCAAACGGGCCAUUAGGACCCAAAACCUCAGAACCUGCUGUUACAGACAGACCUGAACCUCACAGUAAAAGGAAAGGCAAGACAGAAAGACCCAACUCUGCCACAUUUGACGGUAAUCAGGGUACAGCCAGCCACUCGAACAGUGUCCAUCUAACAGGGGGCAAAGAUCCUUCCAACAUACAGGAUGGCAGACAGCCACAUGGUAAUAAAAAUAGCGGAAAUUCAAACACUUGUCUCCAAAAUGGAGAUGUGGAGCCGAGGCGCACCGGCCCCAUCAAACCACAGUUAUCAGGCCCAGCUCAAAAUAACAACAGCUCUUAUAACUCAGCUUCUAAAAAGAGGUCAGGACCCAUCAAAGGUUACAGAGGAUCAGAGACGGAACAACCAGCAGGAAGCAGUAGCCUUGCAAACUGGAAACCUGGAGACCAGUGCCUUGCACUUUACUGGGAGGACAACAAGUUCUACCGGGCGGUGAUAGACGCGGUGCAUCAUACAGGAUCAACAGCUGUGGUUGUGUUCAGUGAUUACGGCAACUGUGAGGAGGUCCUGCUUCAAAAUAUCAAACCUGUACACAUGGACACCUGGAAUGAGGAGGAUGAUUACUAUGAGACUUCUUUGGAAUUUAGACGGGGAGGAGAUGGACAGCCCAGACGUGCUCGACCAACACAGCAAUACUACCAGCCUCCCCGUGCCAGAGACUGACAAUUGGCAGCUGACAGGAAGGUAUGCUGAUGACAAACUACAUGAUCUGAUUUACAUCUACAGCUUGAGAUGAGUCAGCUCACACACUGACAGAAGAUCAACCCCGAAACUCUGUUUUUGACUCUGGCUGGCGUACAAGGAGAAUAUUAAAAGGGCUUACUUGCUACACAAAAUGCACGAACACACGUCAAUGUGACCAUUCAAAAAGCUGCUGUAAAUGUGGACGGUUUUUAGCAUAAAAACGAUGCUAAUGCAAAACUA